UUGUACAACAUGACGGAUAAGAAAGAAUUGAAGGAAAAAGAGCUAUUUCUGGAUUCUGAAGCAGGUCUUCAGACCCCAGAGGAUCUUCAAAAGCCAGGUAGAGCUCAUCAAUUGCUCCGCAACCCUAUUAUGAUUAUUCUGCAGAUACUUAUCUUAGGACUGUUCUGUCGGCUCACCCUGGAACAGGUUCACCACUCUGCUCAACCAGAUCCCGUUCACAAGACUUUUGUGGGCUACCUUGGCUCGCUGGAAGAGAAUUAUGCUGGCACAUGGUUAAAAGAGUACUCGAAUGAGACACAAUUCCCAGGCACGGAGGCAAACAUCAAGCUAGCCAAUUGGACAAGAGACAAAUUCCUCGAGUUCGGUCUGGAGGCGGAAACUGACCUCUACACUACCUAUAUAAGCUAUCCCGUGUCUCAAUCGCUGGAUCUUUUGAGUGCCGGCAACGGUUCUGUUGUGUUCAAGGCUGCUCUUCAGGAAGACAUUUUGGAAGAAGACCCAACCUCCUUGAAAAGCGUGCCUGCCUUUUUGGGCUACGCGGCCUCUGGCGAUGUUGUGGGGGAGUACAUUUACUGCAAUUACGGCACUAAAGAGGAUUUCGACACAUUGGCCGAACUAGGAGUGAACGCAACAGAUAAGAUAGCGGUGAUUAGAUACGGCAAAAUUUUCAGAGGCCUGAAGGUCAAGUUUGCGCAGGAUUUCGGUUUCAAGGCCGCCCUGCUGUUUACAGAUCCUAAAGAUGAUGGAGAAGUGACCGAGGCAAACGGCUACAAGGCCUACCCUGAAGGAAUUGCCAGAAACCCAAGCGCCAUCCAGCGCGGCUCUUCACAGUUUCUUUCUGUGUUUCCAGGAGAUCCCACCACGCCCGGCUAUGCCAUCAAACCGGGAGAAAAUAAGACUAGGUCGAGUCCUCAUUUGACGACACCAAGAAUCCCGGCCAUUCCUGUUUCCUACAGAGACAUCAUUCCCAUUUUGCAGAAACUUUCUGGACACGGUCCUAAGGUCGAGUCCUGGCCUGCAGGACUUGUUCCUGACUACGAUUACGCAUCUAUUGGACCAAAUCCAAGCUACAAGCUGCACUUGACAAACGAGCAGGACUUCAACAUCACUAAUCUCCACAAUGUCUAUGGCAAGAUCGAAGGACACAAAAAAGACGAGGUGAUCAUCAUCGGCAACCACCGCGACUCCUGGACCCCUGGUGCCGGAGAUCCUCACACAGGCUCUGCUGUGCUGCUUGAAAUUGCCAGAGCUUUAGGCAAUUUGCAAAAGACCGGCUGGAAGCCGCAAAGAACCAUCAUGCUGGCGUCCUGGGACGGUGAGGAGUACGGACUGCUUGGAUCCACCGAAUUUGGCGAAUACAACGCUCACGAUCUUUCUAAAAAGACAGUUGCUUACUUCAACAUGGACGUUUCGGCUAUCGGUAACAUUCUGCAACUCGGAGCCUCGCCUAUGUUGUACGAAGUGCUGAGAUCAACGGCAGAUCUUCUGGAAUAUCCUGGCACAGACAGGACACUGUACGAUCAUUUCAAGGAGAACACAAACGACACUAUCAAGUCUCUUGGAUCGGGCUCCGACUACACAGUGUUCUUGGACCAUCUGGGAAUUCCGUCGGUGGACCUGGGUUUCACGAGCAACCGCACCGGUCCUGUUUAUCACUACCAUUCCGUCUAUGAUUCUUACCACUGGAUAGAGACUCUAGCGGAUCCUGGCUUUGUUCUGCAUAACCUCAUGGCAAAGUACGUCGGUCUGUCGGUUUUGAAACUCAGUGAGACCAAAGUGUACCAAAUGAAGGCCUCGGACUAUGCUGCCGAAAUCCAGCGGCUUUACGAGAAAGUGGAAGUUCCUAAAAAUUGGCUGAGUCGAAACAUAGGACAUUGUUCGAAGGGCGGGAAGCUGGACGACCUGCUUUCGGACACCGAGCAAAACAUUGUUUCUUUGAAAGACGCUGCCGCCUCCUUUGAUGAGGAAGCAGUGGAGUUGCAAACAAAGUACGACAACUGGGACAGUCUGUCGUGGUGGGAGAAGAUUGCAUUGCAAUGGAAGAUCGUCAAGACGAACCAUAAGCUGAAGUACUUUGAGCGCAAGUUCCUGAAUCCCGAUGGCUUGAAGGACAGACCAUGGUUCAAACAUAUUAUCUACGUAAGCGGACGCUACACGGGCUAUGCGGGCCAGCAACUGCCUGGACUGGUGGAGCCGAUUGAGGACAAUGACUUCGAAACUUUUGUGCGCGGCCUCACAUUUUUCAACAAUGUGGUCAACAACUUGGCUACACGUAUUUAA